ACAUCACUGUGCAUUUAGAAAUAUUAUACAGCUCAGACAAAACCCUCUCAUUUUUUAUAUUGUCCCCCAGCUUACGGUUCAACAUGGGAUUGUCAGUCCACUGGAGCUGCUUUGCUGUUCUUUCAUGUCUCCUCUUCAUGGGGUGUAAAGUUUGGUGUGAUUGUCCGGACGAGGGAAUGCAAAUGGCGGGAGGUCACUACACACUGAGCAAGCAGCUGAGGAGCGGCAGCUUGUUGGUCUACCACUGUCCCGAGGGCCUUUAUCCAUCCCCUGCCCUGUCCCGCCUGUGCCAGCCUGAUGGCACCUGGAGACCAAAGCCCAAAAGAUUUUCACCCCAGAGAUGCAGGAUUGUUGAAUGCCCAGACCCCAAUGUGCUGGAAUACACAAAUAUCCACCCUCCUCAGGUGAAGUACUUUGUGGACAAUGAGACCACGUACGAGUGCUACUCUGGAUACACAAUGCGAGGCUCCACCAGGCGCGUUUGCCUACCAAACGGAAAAUGGAGCGGCUCCACUCCCAUCUGCAGUCGAGACUCAGGAAAUGACUGUGCGGAUCCUGGCAUCCCAGCCGGAGCCACAAGAACAGGGAACAUCUUCAGGGUUGACGAGAGAGUGAAAUACAGCUGCAACGGCAAACUGUUUUUGGUGGGCUCAAAAGAAAGAGUGUGUCAGGAGAACGGCCAGUGGACGGGCAAAGAGCCGGCAUGUUACUACAAACACACCUAUGACACUCCUCUGGAGGUUUCAGAGGCAUUCGGCAGCGCAAUCAAAGAAACCCUCACCACUUUAGAGCCCCUCGAUGACACACAGGAGGGGAGAAAAAUCAGAAUUUCCAAAAAUGGGACACUUAACAUCUACAUUGCUGUGGACAUUUCUGAGAGCAUCGAGGACACACACUUCACUGAUGCGAGAAACGCCGUCGCAAAACUCAUUUCAAAGAUCUCCUCCUUCAGUGUGACUCCAAACUAUGAGAUCAUCUUUUUCUCCUCUGAAAUUAAUGAGGUUGUCAACAUUCUUGAUUACUUGGAUGGCAAAAUAGUGCUAGGCAAUGUCAAGAAUGAGCUGGAUAAUUAUAAAGUAGGCGAUAGAAACAAUGCUGGAACAGAUCUGAAUCUCGUCUUUACGACCUUCUUGGAGCGAAUGGCUAUCAUAAAGCAACGAUCUGGAGAUGAGGGAUUUAAGGAACAUCGCCACGUCAUCAUCGUUUUUACAGAUGGUGCUUAUAAUAUGGGCGGCUCACCUACUUUCACCGUGGAAAAAAUUAAGAACAUGGUUUAUAUGAACCAAACUGGUGAACCAAAGACUCCAUCAAGAGAGGAAUUUCUUGAUAUUUAUAUUUUUGCCAUUGGAGCUGAGAUCAUUGAUGAAGACCUUCAGCCCCUCGUAGCAGGGACCGGUGGUCAGCAUUACUUCAGACUGAAAGACAAGAAAGACAAUUUGCAAGAGGCCUUUGAUGAAAUAAUUGAUGAAGAAGAAGUAAAGGGCCUAUGUGGUCUCCACAAGGACUAUGACACAGGCUCCAGAGACAGCAAGAGGAAAAUGUAUCCAUGGUGGGCAUAUAUUGUGGUCCAGAAUGGAGGAACAAAGAAGUGCCUCGGCGCUCUGGUGACCCCGCAGUUUGUUUUGACCGCCGCUCACUGCUUCACAUUUGGUGAUCUACCCGAGCAUGUGACGGUCGAGAUUGAUGACGGACAGGGCAAAGUGAAAAGAGUGAAAACUUUUAAAUUACACCCAGAAUACAAUAUUAAUGCGAAGGUGAAGGACGGCGUGAAGGAGUUCUAUGACUAUGAUGUGGCCCUAAUUCAACUGGAGAAAGAUGUUGAAAUCUCCAGCGUUGCUAGACCUAUUUGCAUACCUUGCACCCAGGAGACCAGUGAUGCUCUACAACUGGUGGGUGAAUCCACCUGCAAGCAACAAGAGCAGGUUCUGUUAAAGAAUCAACUUGAAAAACUCAAUUUCCUAACCAAGAUAGGAAACACGGUGGAGGAAAAAGAUGCCCACGCGAAGCUUGGCGAUAAUAGAGGGGCAUGCGUCCGACAUGCACUAGAGGCAGACGGGAUAACCCUAGAUAAUCUAGAGGUUGCUGUGACUGAUAACUUCCUGUGCACUGGUGGUCGGAAUCCGUUUAGAGAUCAUAUAGCAUGUACAGGCGACUCUGGAGGUGCUGUGUUCAAGAACUACGAGCAUCGCACAGUACAGGUGGCCUUGGUCAGCUGGGGAACAAAGAAUGUGUGCAAGGCGGGAGGUGUCGUCGAGUCAGUGGAGACCUCCAGAGAUUUCCACAUGAAUCUUUUCAGAGUUGUCCCUUUUCUCAAAUCUAUCCUUGGAAAUGACACCCAGGACGAAUAUGUACCACUUCAGUUUUUGAAGAACUAAAUUCAUUUACAUGAUGUUAUUUUGCUAGUUGAUCGUGGAUGAUUGAAUUCAUCCAACACUCAUCCAGUAAUUGUCUCGGAGUUCAGAAUAGAAAAGAUAUCAAAUGUUCUCCUCAAAUGCAUACAUACAUUCACAAAAGGCAUCGUGAUUUGUGAAGCACUUUGUGUUGCAUUUUACGCAUGAAUCGUAUACCUAUAUACAGUAGAUACAGUUUAAUAUUAUUAAAAACUUUUGGCAUCAGCCAUUCUCAAAAGGCGCAAUGAUAGUCAUGCAAAUUGUCAAUUGUGCUUUUCAGAACUUUAUCCAGUCUUCACAUUCAUUUAUUCAUCAUUUUCAAUCACCAGCCAACGUGUAAACAAGGUUAUAAAUCAGCAUUUACCCAGGUUUUUUUUUUUUUAUGAGAAGCUGAUCCAAAACACACCCUGGACUUUUGAUAUAGUUGUAGCUAUUAAUUUUGCUGACUGUUCCAAGACAAUCUGCUGAAUUGCUUUAUUUUGUGUUGCAUAUGAUUUUUGUAUCAUUGUGUUAAUUUACUUUUAAUAAAAAAACACUUUGUUUUA